AUGGGGAAAUGGCCUGCAGUGGCCGCGGCUCCGUCGGGCUCAGAGCAGAGGCCAGUGUGCGGUGUACAGACACCAGACCCCGCUGCAGCAGCAGCCCCAGGAUUGCCUCACUGCAGCAGCAACAACACACCUACCAAAACACCCCCAGCAUCAGCAGCAGCAUCAGCAGCAGCUGCUGCUGCUGCUGCUUCUGCAGCAGCAGUAGGUGCAGCAACAGAUAAUGCUGCCACUCGUGAGGAGACUAAGGGAGCAUGUGCAGCUGAAGGAGAGUCCUGGGGCCGCACACAAAGACAAGAAAAAGAAACAAUAAACAACGGGCAGGGAGCGCUAAUCCCACAGCAACAGCAGCAGCAGAAGCAGCAGCAAAAGCAGCAACAACAACAGCAGCAACAGCAGCAUUUAAUAGAACAGAGGGGCCGACAGCAAACAACAGACUGCAGUAACCGCGGAUAUCAACGCAGAAGAGGCUGGCAGCGGAGCAAACAGCAACACAGGCCGCAGCAUCAGCUGCAGCAGCAGCAGCAGCAACAACAACGGGAAGACAGUGUACCUGGAGGGCUAUCAGGUGAUACAUUGACGCAACGGCGAGAGGACCCCAAGUACCAGCAGCAGCAGCUGCUGCUGCAGCAACCGCAGCAGCAGCAGCAGCAGCAGCAGCAGACACAACAGGCCCAUUCCAGCGGUCUGUGGCAGCAACAACAGCACGAGCAGCAGCACGAGCUGCAGCAGCAGCACCAGCAGCAACAGCACCAACGUGAAGAGCCUGAGGGUGCCCUAGAGCCGCAACCAACAGCAGCAGAGGACACGUGCAUAGACAUACCAGCUGCUGCUGCUGCUGCUGCUGCGGCUGACGAUGAUAAUUCACAGGGGGCAGCAGCAGCAGAUGAGCAGGCAGCUGAAGCAGCAAGCCCUGCAACAGCAGCAAACAGUUCGGGGCCUUCCUUAUGCCCCAGCUCAGGUGCUGCUGCUACCGGCGACGGCACCAGCAGCCGUAGUUGUAGUAGCAGCAGCAGUAGCAACAGUAGCAGCAGCAGCAGUAGCAGCAGCAGCAGCAUGAAUGACAGCACUAGCAGCAGCAACCCCAGUCUCAGUGCAGUCCGUUAUCUGGCGAGCGGUGCUGCGCCUGCUGUGGCCGCGUAUAUUCCUCGUUCUCCACUGCAGCAGCAAGAGCAAGAGCAACAGCAGCAGCAGCAUCAACAGCAGCAGCUGCAGCUGUACCACCCUCCGCAGCAGCAGCAGGAGCAGGAGCAGCAGCAGCAGCAGCAGCAAAAGCACCCCAGCCUAGUGCAGCAGGUUUCUUCUUUUGAUUGGUUUCAGGCAGCAGCAGGGAGCCGCAGCAGCACGUCUAGAGGCCGCAGUGAGCGGGCCCGAGCAGCAGCAUCUUCAGCGGCAGCAGCAGCUGCUGCUGCUGCACCCGUCUAUGGGUGGAGCAGCUCAGCAAGCCAUGUCUCGCGGCCGCAUGCGCAUGGGUUGUUUGGGGGGAAGCAAAAGGCACUCCUCUCUGCUGCAGCAGACCCUCAUUUGCUGCGACAGCAGGCGUUGCAGCAGCUGGAGCAGCACGGGUGUAUUCCCCCUGUGACGGCCAGCAGCAGCCUGCCUUUCCCCUACCUUAAUGCUGCUGCUGCUGCAGCAGCAGCAGCAGCAGCAGAAGCAGCUGAAGCUGCACGAGCCGCAGCAACGAAGCAGCAAAACAGCAGCAACGCCCAUGAACAAACAAAAGAAAAAUCUAGCGGCAUCUUCCGCUGGGUGCGCCGCCUGCUGCAGCUCAAUACCGAUCCCAGCAGCAGCAGCAGCAGCAGUAGCAGCAGCAGCAGCAGUAGUAGUAGUAGCAGUAGCAGCAGCAGCAGCAGCAGAAAUGCUGAAAGAGGUGCAGCAGCGACGGGUGAACAGGCUGAGCCCGCCCCCACUGCAGCGUCCCAGAACAGCACCAACGAUAGGGCCCCCGACCGUAGCAGCAGCAGCAACAGCAGCAGCAGCAGCAGCGGGAGGGUUGGGUGUAUGAAUUUAGUAGGAGGUUCAGUUCCAGUGUCUGUGGUAGACGACAGUUCCUCCGACGAGGGAGCACCCCCCCCACCAUCAUCAUCAGCAGCAGCAGCAGCAGGAGCAGCAGGAGGCGGCAGCAGGUUUGCAGUGCCUCGACUAUCUUCUCGUUAUCGUCUUGAGGUGUCUCUGCUUCUAUCUCAAGACGAUCGCCUUUACUAUGGAGAGACAUUUGCUUCUUCUGUUGCACACGGAUGCGGCUUUGCUUUAUAUGGAGGCGGUGUUAGUGGGGGCCCCAGGGGCCUCUGGGGUAAGGGGGCCCUUAGGCGCUUGGGUUGCGGCCCCUUGAAGGGGCCCUGCGUGCUGCUUCCGGGGCCCUCAAGAGAUCCACCAACACCUGGGGGGGCCCCCUGGGGGGCCCCCGGUGGUUGGGGGGCCCCGUGGGGGCCCCCAUUGGGGGGGAAGGGGAGUGUAGAGGGUCUACAGACAGGGCUGGGGUUAGGGGGGGCCCCUAUACGUUCUAUUAGUGGGUAUUGUGGUUUCUGGCGCUUAGAUAGAAGAGAAGGUUGGGGUGUAUUACUAAGGGGCCCCUCUACAUUAAAGUAUGAAGGCCAGUGGGUGGGGGGCCUCCGGCACGGGUUAGGCGUGCAAGGCUUAAGUCAAGGAUGUAGAUAUAUAGGAGAGUUUAAAGGAGGUGUUAAGCAUGGGAAAGGUAUUAUUGUUUAUGGUGGAGGGAUGAUAUACUCUGGGGAGUGGGAGAGAGGCAGAGUUAUUAAACAAGAGCUGCUUAUCUCGAGUAGAGAGCUGCUGCCUUGCAGCAAGAAACAAAUCAAGAAGAAAAAUAAAAAACAUUUCAACUACUCCAGAGAUGCCGAUACACCGCGCACACACGAGACCCUUAUCAACACUUUGCAGCAGCAAGAGGGCUACUGCAACGGAGAUGGGGUUCAGAUGCAGCAGCAAACCUGGGAGCAGCUGCAGCAGCAGCAGCUGCUGCUGCUGCAGCAACAGCAGCAGCUCGAACGGGAAAGGGAAGAGAGACGGAGGGUUGCAGCGAUACGUCGCAGGCCUGCUUCUGUGCGGCGUGCUGCUGCUGCAGUGGGUAUCACUAGCAGCAGCAGCAGCAGCAGCAGCAGCGAGGAGAGCGGCACUGAGGAGAAAGACAUCUGCAUGCAGCAGCGAUUGACUGAACAUAUGGAAGCUCUGAGACAGUUUUCUGCUGCUGCUGCAGUGCGGCAUUGGGGUGAGGAGCAUGUGCAGUGCUUGCUGCGUAGUGUGGGGUGUACAGACAGCUUGCUGCAGCUAAUGAAGGAGCAGCAAGUGGAUGGCCCCGCGCUGCUAGCAUUAACAGACAAAGACCUCAAGGAGAUGGGUGUUGGGAACUGGGAGGAGAGACGGUUGCUGCUGCUGCUGGUGGAUCUGCUGCUGAAGCUGAGGCAUCGUAGCCGCCUUCGGGGCUCCUUCAAAUCCAGAUGGAGAGCGGGCGACUAUUUGCUGCAGCGCAUUCUUAUACCUGCAGCAGAAAUAGAUAUAGAGGGCCCCAUAGGAGAGGGAGGGUAUAGUAGAGUCUUUAAGGCGACCUGGAGAUACACCCGAAGUCUAGACGCACAACACCGCCUAGGCAUGGCAGCCUGCAGCAGCAGUCAGCUUCAUGCAGAGCAGCAGCUCCUGCAGCACCGCGAGCAGCAGCAGCAGAUGCAGCAACAACAGCAGCAGCUCUGGAUGUCUUCUUUGCAGGGCGUAGAGGGGUUUGACGGUUUGGAGGGCAGCUCAAGGAACGCCCAGCAGCAGCAGCAGCAACAGCAUAUGCCUUGGGGUGUAUGCGCACCUUACUGGAGCAGAGGCGGGGAUGAGGAGACAGGAAGAGCAGCAAAUUCAGAAGAAAGGAAGCCUCAGUGCUGCGGAGAGAUGAGGGUAGCAGUAAAAGCGUUUAGACGUAGAGACAGCCAAGGAGCAGAGAGAAACUUGUAUGCUGAGUUAUCAGUACUGUCUUUGCUGCGGCACCCUAACGUGUUGUUGCUGCUGGGGGUUGUGGGGCCUCCGGUGUAUGGUCUUGUGACGGAGUAUGUAUCUGGAGGUUCUUUAUUUGAUUUGCUGCAUCGUCAGCGCGUCUCUUUACCUUUAAUGAAGGUAGUUAAGCUUGCUAGAGAAGUUGCGCUAGGUAUGGCGUACUUACAUAAUAAAGGUGUUAUGCACUGCGAUUUAAAGAGCCCCAAUAUACUUCUUACAAGCAACGAAGAAGUACGCCUGUGCGACUUCGGUCUUGCUACAAUUGUAGAAGCAGCAGGAGGCCCUGAUUGGUGGACUGCAGCACAGGAACAGCAGCAGCAGCAACAGCAGCAGCAGCAGCAGCAGCAGCAGAAUGACCCACAGGCAGCACACCUAGGGUGUGUCGGCACACAUCAUUGGAUGGCGCCGGAAAUUCUUCGAGGAGAGCCUUUUACUUUUGCUGCUGAUGUUUAUUCCUUCGGCGUUGUUCUGUGGGAGAUGCUUGUAGGCGGUCUGCCCUUUGCAGGGAUCUCGUCUCCGGCCCACCUGAUAACAGUUGUGGGGUACGGGGGGAUGACUCCUCCCUUAGAGAAGAUCCCUCGGCCUUUAAGAGGCUUCGUGCGGAGCUGUCUGCAGCAGGAACCAUCGAGACGCCCAACGUUUGCUGCAUGCGCUCAGCUGCUGCAGCAGCUGUACACUGCAAACCUCCUGGAUGUUGAGGUCGAUCUCAACUCACUAUUAGGCCUCAGCUCCUGA